AUGAGCAAGAAGGAGGCGAAGAAAGAAGCUGCGAAACUUGAGAAACUAGGCCGCAAACAGGAACGAGAACAAGAAGAAGAAGAAGAAGCCAUUCGUACACUUUCUCCGGAGGAAGAAGACGAAUCGUUUUUCAAGAACUACGGAGACGUCGAAUUCGCUGAUUUACAAUCGACGUCGAAGUGGAGAGAGGCUCGUAAAGGAAAAGAGUGGACUGAUGUGAAGGAUUUGGUUGAAGAGAAGGUUGGAUUAGAGGACACGUAA